AAAUGUACAUCGUAGCGGAGUCGAAUGGAAUUGCCGCGUUCGACCCGAGGAGCAUAAUUUAUGGCUCAACUGGCUGAAAGAUUUGAAGUGCCUGCCCUCACUUCGAAUUCCACGAUAUUACGGCAACGCACACAAGUGGACCCAUUGUUACUCAGACGAACAGAUGUUUACGCACUUCAACAAUACAACAAAAAAUUAGUGCGACAUAGUUGAAAAACAAAUGCAUAUUUUUUGCGAUGCUUCUUCUAAAGCUUACGCUGCUGUAAUUUAUUGGCGCUUGACACGUGCCGACGGACGUGUACUAGUUAGUUUUGUAGCUAGUAAAUCUAGAGUAAGCCCAUUGAAGCCGAUAUCUAUUCCACGGCUGGAACUACAGGCCGCCCUUCUAGGCGCACGGCUCGCAGGAGCUAUACAACGCGAGCACAAGGACGUUCAGCCCGCGAAACGUUACUUCUGGACGGACAGUAGCACGGUCCUCCAGUGGAUUCGAAGCGAUCCUCGUAGUUACAAACCUUAUGUAGCCCAUCGUUUAGGUGAAAUAGACGAACUUACUAAAUCGUGCGAAUGGCGUCACGUGCCCACCGCGAGCAACGUCGCCGACGUGGCCACCCGUGAUGACGCGCCCCCAAUGGAGUAUUCGAGUGCCUGGUUUCAAGGCCCUUUGUUUUUGAGGCUACCUGAAGGUCAAUGGCCCAAGGACCGUAAGUUUAAACAGAUGUUAGAUGACGCGAAAAAUGAGCUCGUCGUGAACAAUUUGAGACAGCGCUACUGGAUUUUAAAGCUCAGACCGACGGUUCGUACUGUAGCAUCUCAUUGUUUAUUCUGUAGGUAUAGGCGCGCGAUUCCGCAGCCUCAGCGUAUGAGCGACCUACCGGAAGCUAGGCUACAACAUAAUAGACGUCCCUUUAGUUACAGCGGAGUAGAUUUUUUUGGACCACUCGAGGUCACUGUAGGUCGAACGAGACAAAAACGUUACUGCAUGUUGUUUACCUGUUUAACUAUUCGGGCCGUACACAUAGAGAUGACGGAGAAUUUAUCGACUGACUCCACAAUAAUGGCUCUGAGACGAAUGGCUGCACGUCGAGGUAUGCCACAGGUAAUUAUGUCGGAUAGCGGCACAAACCUUCGCGGUGCCGACGCGGAGCUGAAACGUAGCUUAUCUGAGCUGGAUCAGGAGGCUAUACGGGAGGCAGGAUCCAUCCGCGGUGUAGAGUGGAGGUUCAUACCCCCUGGGGCCCCAGAGAUGGGAGGAGCAUGGGAGCGCAUGAUCCGAACGGUUAAGUCCUCUCUAAAGAUAAUUUUAAAAGAGCGCGCACCCCACACUGAAACUCUUCUAACAGUUUUAGCUGAAGUAGAAUCGUUAGUGAAUAGUCGACCCCUAACAUAUGUUUCGAAUGAUCCGCAAUAUCCCGAGGCUCUGACGCCCAACCAUUUUUUGAUCGGUUCCUCAUCAUCAUUACCACAAUUCGGUAAAUACGAUAAUUCGGAUUUAAAUUUGAAAAAACGCUGGCGAGUAGCACAGCGACUCACUGAUAUGUUUUGGGCACGCUGGAUUAAAGAAUAUUUGCCAACUUUGUUACCACGUCAAAAGUGGACUACUGAGUCCAGACAGUUACAGGUUAACGAUUACGUCAUCAUAGUCGAACCCAAUAUAGAAUGUAACUGCUGGCGACAUGGGGUUGUGAGCGCGACCCACGCGGGCCGCGACGGACGAGUCCGCAUUGUUGAUGUGCGUACACGCACCGGUGUGCUGCGCAGACCUGUGACGCGCGUCGCCUUACUGGCACCACAGGACAGUAGUGCCAACUAGUUAGCACUAAGGAGGCAGAUUGUAGGCGACGCACUACACCAUAGGCCAUAAGUUAUGAUAAUUUAUUAGAAUUAGUUCUGUGUAAGAAACAGUGUUGACUGUUGAAUGUAUGGUCUAUACUUAAGUUUAAUAAUAAGCUCUUUGUAUUGGUUUUAAAAUAUUGCUAACACUUUGUGAUUUGUAUGCUUUCGUUAAAUAAAGAUUAGGUGCUGAAAGAGCGUUCCCACAGGAAAAGAUUCAGGCCCUUAGCCCGACUCCCUGCGGGCCGGGACCCACAGUCGCAACCUAGUCGCAACCAAAGCCGCACGCAAGUCGCACGCGAAGUGACACUCAACUUAUUGAACGCUCCGACGCA